ACUAAUCUAGUUUUACUCUCGUAUUCCUUUGUCAAUAUUUUAAAUUCAGCGAAAAUGGCCCUGCAAAAUGAGCCAGAAUUCAUCCCCGCACUAAUUGUAGUUGACAUGCAAGAGGACUUCUGCCCGCCGAACGGGUCACUGGCGGUAGGAGAUGCGAGAUCAAUCGCACCAUUGAUAAACAGUCUUCUGGAACUCCCCAUAUUUGCUAUUCGAAUUGGCACUCAAGACUGGCAUCCACAGAACCACAUUUCCUUCGCCAGCAACCAUGUGCCGCCUAAUAACAAGCCGUUCGAGUCAUACAUUGAAAUGAACAAUCCAGCACCAGGAAAGGCGCUUGAAACUAAGCAACAGCGACUCUGGCCUGUUCACUGUGUCGCUUCUACUAGUGGCGCCACGAUCAUCCCUGAGAUAUCGGAUAGGAAGCUCGACGUGCUAGCCAAAAAGGGCAUGGAUUCUCGCGUCGAGAUGUACUCAGUCUUCAGCGACGCGUUCCGAAAUAUGGACCCGGCAUUGGCUAGGCAAUCGGUCGAUCGAGAUGUCAAGGCUUUGCUAGAGGAGAAGAAGGUUACAGAUGUAUUCGUUGUGGGCUUGGCGGGGGACUAUUGCGUUAAGUUUACGGCGAUCGAUGCUGCGAGGGCGGGAUUUCGAAGCUGGGUCAUCGAGGAUGCUACGAAAUGUGUCGAUCCGGGUGACGGGUGGCAGCAGGCUCUUGCUGAAUUUGAGGAGGUUGGAGUCAUCGUCACAAAAAGUGAUAGUAAAGAGCUUGCCAGGCUCAGGACUUAAGGCUCAGUAUCGUGCAGUGAUAUGUCAUGGAAGGCAUUGGAUAUUUCUAUAUAAGCUAUUGAACAUUUUCAUCUGGCAGGGUUAAUAGCGAUUUCUGAACUGAUCUUGAUUAUUCAUCACUUGUACCAGCUGGGUUUCAAUGCUGGUGCUGCUUAGGUACCCAACAUCGAUGACUCUUCAAUGUUGUGCACGUGCUACAUACCCAUGUUAUAUUUCUCACGAUACCAGUUGACAUAGACCAGUUGACGUAAUGAACAUUGGAAUUCUUGUUA